AUGGAUUGGGAUAGAUGGGAAGAGCUGAAAGCUGACAGCCGUAUAUGGUUUGCCUCUGUUCUAGUCCUCAUUGUAUCCAUUUUUCUUUGGGCGGGAUUGGGAGUAUUCUCAAUCGCAUUUUGCGUCCUUUCGUUGAUCUUAGGAGGGCAACUAGCCCAAUGGAUAGCUGUGGAUUCGAAUGGACAGUUCCUUUCAAACUUCAUAGAUACAUGGGUGUUAUCUCGCACCAAAUGUAGUAUCUUCAACCCGAAAGAAAAUGAGUUGAAAAAUACAAAACCUUGGACAGAUCUUGAACUCCCUCCAGAUCUGAAUAAGAGUUUAGAGAAUCUUCUUAAUGAUUUAGUCACUGUUUAUGUGGCGGAAUGGUACUCGUCUGGAAUCGGGAGCGAUCGUGCUUUUCUCGAAGAAAUUCAUUACCAGCUCCGUUAUGCUUCUGCCAAAUUUGUAAAAUUCAUUCUUCAACUGGACUUACCAACUGUUAUAUCCAAAGAAGUAAUUCCUGCAGCUUCUCUGCAUAUCCACAAAGUUAGCGAAAUAUGGAAGAACGUGCCUGAUAAGAAUUCCUUCCAUCCAAGCAUGGCCGAGGAUCAAAUAAUCGAAAAGAUGGUUGAUGAUCUUCAUUAUGCUUUGAGAAGUCGUCAGAGCGAGCUGAAUUACUUGCGACAAGUCGCUGAUGUGAUGAUUCCUCACUUUUUCGAUAACUCCCGAGUUUCCGGUAAAGCUCUCGACGAUGAUUUUGAAGUGAAAGGUGGCGCUACUCAUGCAUGGCGCUUCUGGCCAUCUCAUGCACCUGGACACUUUGUCCGAGAACUUCUCGUAAACUAUGUGCUUCUGCCCGUACUAGACCUUAUAGCCGAUCCAGACACUAUUAACACCAUUAUAAUCGGUUCUUUAGACUCACUCGCUGCAAAAACCAAUGAUUACAAAAUUCCAAAUGAACGCGUAUCUUUCCUUCGCGGCUUAUCCGAAAAUGCAGAGAAAUUGCCUGACAGUUUGCUCCAACUCAAACUAAGCGAAAUCCUCCGAGAUGAGAAACAUUUCAACGUUUUCCGUCAGUACUUACUGGACAUCAAAGGCCCAGUGAACGAACUAUCGUUUUUAGUUGAGGCAACUCGCAUCCACGAGAGUAUGCAGAGAAAGGAUGAGUCUUCCUCUCAAAUAUCUUACGAUAUAUGGCAGUUGUAUGGUCAGUUCGUUCAUGAAGGAGCACCUGCACAAAUUCCCUUCGAUUCUCACAUAGUGCACGACUUCAAACAGACUAUGCCUCUGAAUGAUAUGAAGGAGUGGGAUAGAAUAAUAGAAGAGGCUUACCAAAUUGUCUAUCAACGCCUACAAGUUGAGUACGUCAUCCAGUUUUGUCAGUCAGACGUGUUUCUUGGAUAUUUGUGUGGAAGCCCACCUGUGUCCGUAAUCGAACUAAUCGAUAAGCCUUCCAAAAGAAACAUCCGAAUCGACAAGAUCCCUACAGCAUACUCCGUGAAAAGCUUCGUAGCUAGCAAAAUGCGAAGUUUGUUCUCUCUCUCUAUGGAAGGAUCUAUUGAGGGAGAAGAAGUUAUCUGUGAGGAUUUCUGUCCAGACUCUGGUCUGUUGUCGGAAAUGUCAUUUGAGUUAGAAAAAUCGAGAUCUGCAGUAUUUGAUAAGGUGCCUAGUAAUGAGCUGAAUUCUACAUUAACACUUUCGAGUAGUACUAGUCUCCCAACUAUAGAUAUAAGUGAGGAUAGCGGUGUAGGCGGAUCUGAUCAUAUUUACAACCAGGAAAGCGAGGAUGCUUUAAGCCAUAAUGGUUCUGUAGAUGAAAACGCUAGUAAUCUGCUCAUUAUCGAUCAAGCAACGAAAAAUAUGAACUUCUGGACAGUAGGGAUUAGUAAAGUUAUACCUUUCAAGGAGAACACGACAGGGAGAACAAUUUUCGUUUAUGUCAUAGAUGUAGAUAGAUCUGAUGCUCAGGAACACGAGACGAAGCAAUGGAUAGUCUACAGGAGAUAUACUGAAUUCUAUGCUUUGGAAUCUAAAUUAUAUGAGUUUCACGGAGCUAAUCUCAAGCUGAACAUGUUGCCUUCUCGUAAGACUUUCGAGAGAAAGAACCGUGAGUUUAUGGAACAAAACAGACAAGUGUUCUCACUUUUCUUAUCUUCUCUUUGCAAGCAGACUUCUCUGCGUCGUUCUGAUCUAGUAUUUGCAUUUUUGACGAGUCCCGAUGAGUUUAGAGAAAGUUUGAUGCUAAGUGAUUUGAACCCCUGGAAAGUAGUCAAGAAGAUGCCUAGCAAACUAAGCAGGGAAAAAGGACAACACCUUCGUCCAUUCCUUCUCAAUAUGUUGGCGAACACUCUUUCUCCUCCCGAAGACAACUAUAAGGAAAAGGUUGAUGUGUUAUCAGAAUCAAGUAGCAUGUCCUCGACUAGUGCAGCAGUAGAUCAAGCCAACCCCUCCGUGUAUAGCUCCUUAUUUGGUAAUAAUUGUGCCAACAUGAAAUUCCGUGAAGAAGAUCUCCCGACCAGGCAGCCAUGGACUCAGAGUCCAUUCGAUGCAUCUAUGUUAUUGUUACAUGACGCUUUAAGCCAGGUACCCGUUUGGUUGGGUAGCAUUGUUUCUGCCAUAAGAUUAAUGUUUAAAUCGAGCUUUGAUGGAGCUGUAAAUAGUGUUUUUAAUCUUCUAUUCUGUAAAUUAUACGAAGGAGGAUCGUUACUUGAUCAAGUGCAGCUUCUUCACGAAACACUUUUCUGUUCUUACAAAGCUCCCCCUUCCGUCCAGGAAAGAGUAUUACGAGAUCAACUAAUGAAACAAAGAUUGUCAGAAUUUAUACAAGAGAACGUGCCUUCGUGCAUUGCCCGUUUCGUGGGUCGUCAGAGUUUGCGCCAAGCUGUCGACCAAAUAACUUAUUGUCUACAACAUCCCCGUCUAAAUAAGCAAUUGUCAUAUGUUCUUUUGGACAUCUUAUUGAAGCAUCUGCUGGAAGUGGAUAAGCAGUCUGAUUGUAAAUAA